CGCACAGACCGGACAGUCCGCGUCCCGCGCGCACACGGAUAACGAGAGCCGGAGCUGAGGAGCGCGUGCUGCGGAUGGAAAGAGGAGCGAGUGACGGGAGAGAAGAAGAAGAAGAAAAAGUGAAGAAAGAAGGAGAAAAAAGUGGUUUAUUCUUGUUUGUGCAGCUGGACAGAGAGACGGAGGAGAAGAAAAGUGAGUGAGACAGACGGUGUCCUCCUCCAUGUCACUCCCCGGGUCUCCUCCGCUGCUCACGCCGGGUUCGGGCACUCCAACCCCGGUGGCGCUGUACCGCUCCGGCCCGGACGCGCUGCACAGCUCCGCCGCGUCCACCGGCGCGUCCAGUCCGCUCACCACCAACUCUCACACGCACUCCGUGUCCGCGUCCCCGCGCCUCACCUCCUCCAUGCUCAGCGCGUUCCUGCCCGGAGCAGGAGGCGCGCUGUCCGGCCUGGGGAACGGCGGCGCGGCUCCGCUGGUGUCCCCGGCUCUGGGCGCCCUCAGCGGGCUGGGCUCCCUCAGCGCAGCCGCCCUGACCCCCGGCUCCCCGGGCUUGUCUCAGAGCUGCGGCAGCGCCGAGUGUAAGCUCGUGGAGGUCCACGGCGUGAAGGUGGCGAGCUUCUGCGUGGACGGCCACGAGCUCAUCUGCCUCCCGCAGGUGUUCGACCUGUUCCUGAAGCACCUGGUGGGCGGACUCCACACCGUGUACACGAAGCUGAAGCGGCUGGACAUCACGCCGGUGGUCUGCACCGUGGAGCAGGUGCGCGUGCUGCGGGGACUCGGAGCCAUCCAGCCCGGGGUGAACCGCUGCAAACUCAUCAGCAGGAAGGACUUUGAGGUCCUGUACCAGGACUGUACCAGCGCCAGCUCUCGGCCCGGUCGUCCUCCGAAGCGUUGUUCUGGUGCAGGGAUCCAGGAAAGCCCCAGGCUGCUGCACCCGGGCCUCCCCGGCCUGCUGUCCCCCAACCUGCUGUCCCACACUGGCCUGACAGCAGCGGCCAUGGCUGAACUCCAGAAGCUUCAGAAGAUGAAGAUGAUGAUGAGUCUGCAGAACGGCAACGAGUCUGACAACGACGAUCUGCACUCUAACACAGGAGGAAGCGAGUGUUCCUGGGACAAGGAGCGUCUGACCAGUCCUCCUGCUGGAGCACACGCUGGAGGAGGAGGAGGAGGAGGUGCUGGAGGAGGAGGAGCAGCAGGUGGAGGGAGUGGGAGGGCACCGGUCAUGGGAGCGGUCAAUCAACAACAGCUCCAACAGCAGCAGCUACUGGCUAACAGGCUGGACCUGCCCUUCAUGAUGAUGCCCCACCCACUGCUGCCCAUGGGCCUGCCUCCUGCCUCGGUCGCCAUGGCGAUGUCGCAGAUGAACCACCUCAACACCAUCGCCAACAUGGCCGCCGCGGCCCAGCAGAUACACACUCAUGUUCACCGCGCCCCCGUCAUCAAGGAGAGAGUGUGCGACAGUCCUUCACUGUCUCCAUCUGUGGACGAGAACAACACACCUCUGCAGUCGCAGCCGAGUAGCUCCGCCUCCAGCUCGCCUGAAAGACUGGGCCUGGUGUCAGCUGAUGCAGAUGUUCCGCUGACCAACACGACUGCAGCCAACAAGAAAAUAACAAAGGACAAAGAUGAGUUGUCGCUGGGACAAACUCUGCCUCCCGGUUUUCCCGCUCCGUUUCUGUUUGCCGACGGUUUGUCGUCCGUGGAGACGCUGCUCACGAACAUACAGGGCCUGCUGAAGGUGGCGGUGGAAAACGCCCGAGCGCAGGACAAACAGAUCCAGGCGGAGAAGAGGGAGCUGAAGAUGGAGCUGUACAGAGAGCGGGAGAUGAGGGAGAGUCUGGAGCGACAGCUCACGUCUGAACUGCAGAGCAGAGCCUCCAUCCAGAAGAGACUGAAGAAGGAGAAGAAGGCGAAGAGGAAGCUGCAGGAGGCGCUAGAGUUCGAGUCAAAGCGGAGGGAGAGAGUGGAGGACGCUCUGAAACACUCGUCCUCGUCGUCUCCUGAGCCGCUGCACAACAACAACGACGCUGCUGCAGCCGAGGACAAACCUGAGGUUAAUGGAAACCAGCAAGACAACGGCAGCGUACAAGCUGAUGUCACUUUUUCCAUUUCCUCUUAAUGGAGGAAGAAACACAGAGCGAUGGACGGCGAGGAGGAAGAGGAGGAGGAGAUGAAGAAGGAUGGAUGGAAAGCGAAGGAGGCAACGAGGAAGGAUGAAAAGGUGACGGCGCAGGAAAGAGAGAUUGAAGGAUGUGAGAGGAGACGUGGAGGAAAAUGAAGAGAGAGGGAGAGAGAGAUGAUGGACAGGCGGAGCAAAAGAGGUGUAACAUGAUGAAAUGAUGAGCGUUAAAGGAAGAAAGAUGGAGAGAGAGCAGAGGAUGAUGGGUAAUGAAAAGACAAGUGUGGAGAGAGUGUGGAGAGUGCAUUCGUCGCGAAAAGGUUCAUCGCUGAAUUUUAAAAACGGGAAAUUCAUGCAGAUAAAACUUAAGUCGUCCUUAGAAAGUUUGUUUAUAAUACUUUAUUCUUACCCAUAAUCCAUUGCAGUUAUCAGAUUUAUCUGGGCGGAGGAACAAAUAUCAAUGUAGUGAAAUAUCACAAUAUUUUUCAUCACUUCUGAAAAUC